AUGACAAAGGGAACUACAAGUUUUGGUAAGAGAAAUAAGAGAAAUCACAUACAAUGCAUCAGAUGCGGAAAUGAGUCAUAUCACAAGCAAAAGAACAGUUGCUCAAGCUGUGCAUACCCAGAAAGAAGAUGGAGAAACCCAGGAUCACCAAAGGCAAAGGGAAGAAGAGCAGAAGGCACCGGAAGAAUGAGACAUUUAAGAAAAUACAUGAAGAUUAACGAAAGAAAGUCAAUUGCAGGAAACUGCCAUUAA